UCGCCUGGCUUUACUGCGCAUGCCCCGAGCGGAAGCGCCUCUCGUUUUUGUAAACUGCGCCUCGUCCGUCGCCAUUUUGGCUCCCCGUUCCUCCGUCGGCCUGUGGGGUGUUUUGAGCCGCCGGUGGAGCCAAAAUGGCGCAGAUUCCACAGCCGGGCAGUCCGUUCCCAUGGAAAAACACGUCAGGCUGUCACGUGAGCUUUGUUUACUUCCUUGUACGUUCCGAACCCCAGGAGCACGUGUAGUGGAAGGGCCCUAACGGAAUAUAACCACACCACUGAUAGUCAAUAUGGCAUUCAUGAGGGAACAACAUGAUUUCCACAUGAACUUUGACGUGUAAGCCUGAGCAUGGCCACCCCCACCACCAGUAACCCCUUCAGUCCAGAGGAGGCCCAGAGGAUCCUGCACGGCCUGCAGCAGCCUGCCGUCUUCCUCAACAUGACCGGCGGCUGGCCUGUUCGCCGCUGGAGCGCAGAGCACCUGUCAGGCUGCCUCGGCGACAGGACCACCAGGUUCAGACUAGGGAGGAAAGACGAGGCCAACACGCCUCUGUUUGAAACUCAGUGUUCGUAUGUGGAGGCCAGGCUGGGACAGUUUCUCAGCUGGGCCGGUGGCCAGGCUGGGACGGAUGUGGGACCUUUCUCUGACUACCCCUCCUCAGAAUAUUGGGCCUACGCCGACUACAAGUACAUCGCCACGCUGUUCCAAGAUCAGCCAUCCAUGUUUGAGGAUGUCAUGUGGUCUGAGUUUGGCUUCAGUGGCCGCAACGGGAGACAGAGCACCUUAUGGAUCGGCACGGAGGGCGCCAACACGCCGUGCCACCUCGACUCUUACGGCUGUAACUUGGUACUGCAGGUACAGGGAAGGAAGCGUUGGCAUCUGUUCCCUCCAGAGGACGCGGCCAACUUGUACCCAACCAGGAUCCCAUAUGAGGAGUCCAGCGUCUUCAGCCAGGUAGACGUUUUAAAGCCCGACCUCAAGAGGUUCCCAGCCUUCAGGAGAGCGAGGCACCACGCCGUCACUCUGCAGCCCGGACAGGUACUGUACGUCCCCAGGCACUGGUGGCACUAUGUGGAGUCAGUGGACCCCGUCACCGUCAGCGUCAACUCCUGGAUUGAACUGGAAACGGAUGAUGAGGCAAGAGUCGGCGAGGCUGUUACCAAGGCUGUUGUCUUGGCACUGAAAACGACACCAAGCGAUUACAACGCUGACAACUGGCUCAACCCCACCGAGGAGGGAGUGACGUCACAUGAUGAGAACAUGCAGUAUGUGAACCUGGCACUGAGGGCCUGUGCGGAGAGACAGAGGUGCAGACAGACCUCAGGCCUCAGAGAGCCACGGCCGGUAAAGCGGGACUCUGGCGGACGAGCGAGAAAGAGCGGCGACUUGUCCGGGGAGUCCGUGCCCUUCAUCGUCUCCUUCGGGCCGCAUCUCAUCCCGGUGCGCUGCGAGCAAAAGGACUCCCCUGAAAAUCUGGCAAUCAGGUCGUCGUUGAAGUGCGCCAUCAAAUCUCAAUCAGGCGGUGAGGUCCGACCCUCCGCAGGUUGUGAAGCAACACAUGACUGUAGCCCUGUUUCAGAUCAGUGUAGAGCAUGUGCCAGUGUAGAGGAUGAUGAGACAGAGGACUCAGGAUACACACCAAUAACCACCAACGACCUAUUGGACUGCCUGGUGCAUCCAGAUAUCAUCACCCGUGUCAGUGAGCUGCUGUUGGAAAGGCAGAGAGGAGCUAACAAAACCACCAAGGCGUCAUAGUUUUAGUAUUCACCUGCCGAGGGAAGUGUGUCUGAUAAGCCCGAGGAGGAUAUCAGAAACUGACUAUUAAUGGUUCUGAGUUUAGCAUCAAUUCACAGAUGCUAGAUCCAGUGGUCUAAAAAUAUCAGGAUAAGGCUGGCUGCCUUUGAUUCUCCAACCCUCCAAGUCUCCCUGGAGUUUACAGUGAUUUAGAGCCGAGGAGAAGCCUGAGAGGAGAACUGUGACCGGAAAAAAUCCAUCCCGGCCGCCAGCGAUGCCUCUCGUCGGCGAGAAGUGGAGGAGAAAAGAUGAGGAUUAGCACAGCGUUUCACCCUGCUUUUUGUUUCCCUCUCCCGAUCUGUUACAAUCUCACCGAGAUUAAGCCGGUCGCAGGGAAGUCGCAGCCAAGACUGAUCGUGACGCGACGACCGAGUCCGUCAGGUGGCCCCAGCAUCCUUUAUGCUUUGUUGUUCUGCACACAUGCUAAUCCCAUUCAGCUCAGACCACACUGAAGAAAAUGAGCGCCUAAUUCAAUCUCGUGUAAGCCUAAUCUUAGCAACACAAGAUAAUAUUUAUGAGAUGUGGACAUCCAUUUUGUGUGCAUUGUUUGCGUGUCAUUUAGUAAUGGGAAAUGUCAUUGAAUAGCCACCGAGGGCUGAUCUUAAUGGUCUGGUGAUUGAUGAAAGCUCUAUAAGCAAUGAUGGAUGAAAAUGUGUCUAAUCCUGCAUGAUUAUGUUUCCACAUCUGUUUGCAUAGAUUAUGGAUGUUUGAGAGCAGAAGGAAGGGCUAAUGUACACGCACAAACACAAUAAACAUGAUCUUUCCACUAACAACGUCCCGGCUGGAUUA